CUAAAAUUUUCAGAAAGUUCAAGCUAUUUCAAGGAAGAAACCGAAAAAUGGCUCAAGCUCUGGAGUUUUAUAAUGGGGAUAUUGAAGCUCUAAUGCGUGCAAUGUCUGUAGCAAAAAUCAUUCGAGAAGAUAAGAAUCCUUGUAUGAUUGAAGAGGGUCUCUUUUUAGGGUCCCUUGGAGCUGCCAACAAUAAAGUUGCACUCAAAAGCUUGAAUCUAACUCAUAUUUUGACGAUUGCUAGAGAUAUAAAUCCUCCUUAUCCAAAUGAGUUUGUCUACAAAGUCCUUUCUGUUCAUGACAGAGUUGAUGUAAAUAUUUCACAUUACUUUGAGGAAUGCUUCGACUUCAUUGAAGAAGCAAAAGGACAGGGUGGUGGUGUGCUGGUCCAUUGCUUUGCUGGAAAAUCCAGAAGUGCAACCAUAGUCAUCGCUUAUCUGAUGAAAAAGCAUCGUAUGAGUCACUCUGAAGCUUUUGAGCUUGUCAAGAGUAAAAGACCAGUCGUUUCUCCCAAUGCUGGUUUUAUGACACAGCUGGAAAACUAUGAUAAAACCCUUAAAGCCGUCAGACUUACCAAAACCACUGAAAGGGGAAAAAACAAAGUGCAGCGGCAGUUUUCUAAAUUGUAUCUAGCAAAACAAUGCUGGGCUUGUUUCCACUUCAACAAGCACGAACUUUCCAGACAAUCAAAUAAACUCCCCAGUGAAACAACCGAUGCUUGUUACUUUUGUUCUGUGAAAUCAUUAACUCGAUCCAGUAACACCAAAUCUCCCAAAUCUAAGUGGAACUUGCUCCAUCAUUGUGCCCGGCAUCGCCCAAUGCAGUCCUAACCAUCUCAAAAUCUCACACCACAAGCAAGUCACCACCAAAUAAAAUCUGAAUACUCCAAAUGUUAUGCUGUGAUAAAAGAGCAGGCAGCGCCAUCUUGUUGAUUGUUUCAAACAGUAAGCAUUGUUCAUCCAAAAAUGGGUGACCUGAAAUAAUUAUUCAUUUAGUU